AUGGAGACAGAGACGAAAGUUUCUCUCACGGAGCACAAAAUCAAGAGCAGAAUAUUACGAAUCUCUGUGACUGAUCCUUACGCUACAGAUUCCUCAAGCGACGAAGAAGAAGAAGAUUUUGCCGAAAUCUCCAGGAAACGACGUCGUGUCAAGAAAUACGUGAACGAAGUGGUUCUAGAGUCGACGAUGGUUUCUGAUAAAGACAGGCCGAUGAAGAAGAAGAGACGAAAGACGGCGACUGAGCGAAAGGAGGCUACUGCUGUUGCUGCUGCUCCGGUGGCGAGAAAGUAUCGAGGAGUGAGACAAAGGCCGUGGGGAAAAUGGGCGGCGGAGAUUAGAGAUCCGAGUAGACGUGUACGGCUCUGGUUAGGGACUUUCAACACGGCGGAGGAAGCCGCCGUUGUUUACGAUAACGCCGCUAUUCAGCUCCGUGGCCCUAACGCUCUCACUAAUUUCUCUCCUCCUCCUCCUCCUACUCCGGCAACGGAGGAUGGUGAAGAAGACUCGACGGAGAUGGACGGAAUCUCGGAUUUUACCACAAGCGGCGGUGGAGAAUGCCUCGAUUCGCCGGUUUCUGUUCUACAAUCUCCGUUCUCCGGCGAGUCUACGACGUUUAUUGCGGUUAAAGAGAAAUUUCCCGGCGUAUCGACGGCGACGACUGAGGUGAAAGAAGAGGAGACGUCGAUUACGGUCUCAGAUACGUUCACGGAUUUCUCGUCGCCGUUGUUCUCAGACGACGACGUUUUCGGUUUCCCAACGUCGAUGACUGAUUGUUUUGGCGACGAAAUAUUCGGGGAUAAUCUUUUGGCGGAUAUGAGUUUCGGGUUUGGGUUUGGGUCCGGGUCCGUAUUUUCCAGCUGGCACGUGGAGGACCAUUUUCAAGAUAUUGGGGAUCUAUUCGGGUCGGAUCCUCUCUUAGCUGUUUAA